UGGGAUGAGAUACUGACCGAUGAUCAAAUCGAUAUCAUCUGUGGCGUCUACAAGGUGGAAUGGGAGGACAAGGGCCAAAGCCAAACUGAUCAUCGAGUGCAGUUGACGGAGGAUGUAUCUUGGUUUCCCAAACCCAUGGCGUGGAAAGGUUGUGGCCUGGAUGUCGGCUUUUGGAGUGUGGAUGCAGAAUCUUGGUACCAACAUCGGGUCACCAGAUAUCUUGGUGGAGAUUUCAAGUGUGAGAACCAGACGCAGUGGAGA